GGACAAGCGUGACCACCAACACUGAUUAAAUUUCUUCCUUUACUCUCUGUUUUUAAGAACUGAGUCUGGGUCUCUCUGCUCAGAGAGAGAGAGAGAUGGGUGUGAGAAUUUGGAUCCCUUUUCUUCUUCUCUCUUUUGUAUAGUGAGUAGUGGACAAAGACCACUUCUUCUCAGAAGAAGAUGGCAAUAAAACAAACUGAUCAUCAUCAACAGACACAACAACAAACAAAAUCAUUCUUGUUAGAUGCUCUUUACUGUGAGGAAGAACAAUGGGAGGGGGAGGAGGAGGAGGAGGAGAAGGAGGAGGAAGGACAAGAGGCUUUAGAGAGAGAAAGCAACAUGAACAAGAACAACAAUAAUGGAAGGAAUUCUUCUCUCUUAUUAGAGCAAGAUCUGUUUUGGGAAGAUGAAGAGCUUCUCUCUCUCUUCUCUAAAGAAGAGCAAACCCAUCUCGGUUGGUUUGACAAUGUUGAGACAGAUUCUUCUCUUCUCUUGGCUAGGAAAGAGGCUGUGGAGUGGAUUCUAAAAGUCGAUGCUCACUAUGGAUUCUCAACUUUGACAGCCAUACUUGCAAUCAAUUACAUUGAUAGGUUUCUCUUUAGCCUUCAUUUUCAGAAGGAUAAGCCAUGGAUGAUUCAACUUUCAGCCGUGACUUGUCUUUCUUUGGCUGCUAAGGUUGAAGAAACCCAAGUGCCCCACCUCCUAGAUCUUCAAGUAGAGGGAACAACAGAGUAUGCGUUUGAGCCCAAAACAAUACAACAAAUGGAGCUUCUGGUCCUCUCCACUCUUCAAUGGAGGAUGAACCCAGUGACCCCACUUUCGUUUCUUGAUCACAUCACAAGAAGGCUUGGAUUGAAGAUCCAUCUCCAUUGGGAAUUCCUCAGGCGGUGUGAGAGUCUUCUUCUCUUUCUCAUGGCCGAUUGGAGAUUCGUACGUUAUCUACCUUCUGUCUUGGCAACUGCAACAAUGCUUCACGUUAUUCAUAAAGUUGAGCCUCGUGAUGCAAUUGACUACCAAAAUCAGCUUCUUGGUGUUCUGAAAAUCAGCAAGGAGAAAGUAGAUGAUUGCUAUAAACUCAUUCUAGGGCUGUCAAACACUUGUUUCUAUGACCAAAAAAACCCUCACAAGCGCAAGCAUCAAGAAAUUCCAGGUACCCCAAGUGGUGUAUUUGAUGUAUCUUUCAGCUCUGAUAGCUCAAAUGAUUCGUGGGCUGUGGGAUCACCAGUUUGUUCAUCACCUCAGCCGCUGUUCAAGAAGAGAAGAGUUCAAGAACAGCAAAUGAGAUUGCCAUCUCUCAGCAGGGUGUUUGUGGAUGUUGUCGGCAGGCCCCGUUGAACUCUCUCUCUCUCUCUCUCUCUCUUCACUUAGUAGAUUCUAUACUCUAUAAGUGCUAUUGCUUGUGUCUCUGCGUUUCCAAGUUUCCAACCACUAUCAGUAUAAUAAACAUGAGAAGAUGAAACGAAGAGUUGGUGGUUGCAUGCAGAGCGGCUGGCAUUUUACAGAGGAAAAAAAAGUGAGAGAGAGAAAGAGAGAGAGUAAUGAAUAUCUGUACUGUUUCUCUAUUCAUGUUGUCAUGCCUUCCCUUCUUAUUUCUGUCUCUCUCUCUCCUUUUUGGAGCAUACUUUAUAUGGAC